UCAGACGCAUACUAUGACGAUGUGAACGAAGACGAUUACCACGAAUUCAAACGAGGCAUUGAUUCGAUCGGCAGUAGUUUUAUCAAGAAAAGUAUCGAUUCUAUUGGAAGUUCCUUCAUUAAGCGACCAGUCGAUUCUAUUGGAAGCAGUUUCAUCAAAAGAGGUAUCGAUUCUAUUGGAAGUUCUUUUAUCAAACGACCAGUCGAUUCCACUGGAACUAGUUUUAUUAAAAAAGGUAUCGAUUCUAUUGGAAGUUCAUUUAUCAAACGACCAGUCGAUUCCAUUGGAAGUAGUUUUAUCAAAAGAGGUAUCGAUUCUAUUGGAAGUUCAUUUAUCAAGCGACCAGUCGAUUCCAUUGGAAGUAGUUUUAUCAAAAGAGGUAUCGAUUCUAUUGGAAGUUCAUUUAUCAAGCGACCAGUCGAUUCCAUUGGAAGCAGCUUUAUCAAAAGAGGUAUCGAUUCUAUUGGGAGUUCUUUUAUCAAACGACCAGUCGAUUCCAUGGGAAGUAGUUUUAUCAAAAGAGGUAUCGAUUCUAUUGGAAGUUCAUUUAUCAAGCGACCAGUCGAUUCCAUUGGAAGCAGCUUUAUCAAAAGAGGUAUCGAUUCUAUUGGGAGUUCUUUUAUCAAACGACCAGUCGAUUCCAUUGGAAGUAGUUUUAUCAAAAGAGGUAUCGAUUCUAUUGGAAGUUCAUUUAUCAAGCGACCAGUCGAUUCCAUUGGAAGCAGUUUUAUCAAAAGAGGUAUCGAUUCUAUUGGAAGUUCUUUUAUCAAACGACCAGUCGAUUCCAUUGGAAGUAGUUUUAUCAAAAGAGGUAUCGAUUCUAUUGGAAGUUCUUUUAUCAAGCGACCAGUCGAUUCCAUUGGGAGCAGUUUUAUCAAAAGAGGUAUCGAUUCUAUUGGAAGUUCUUUUAUCAAACGACCAGUCGAUUCCAUUGGCAGUAGUUUUAUCAAAAAAGAGAUCGAAACCACUGGAGAUGCUUUCACUACAAGACACGUCGCUGACUCCAUCAGUAGCACAAUGCCCAGAACAUUCAGUUCCCAGUCAAGUUCUUUCGUCAGAGAACCAAAUGAUUCCCCUGGCAACAGCUUUAUCAAAAACGAAUCAGAUCUCACCGGAAAUGACCUGAACGGACCGACACACUCUGCCCUCGAGUCAGACGCAUACUAUGACUAUGUGGACGAAGACGAUUACCACGAACUCAAACGAGGAAUCGACUCCAUUGGCAGUAGUUUCGUCAAGAAAAGUAUAGAUUCUAUUGGAAGUUCCUUUAUCAAGCGACCAGUCGAUUCUAUUGGCAGUAGUUUUAUCAAAAGAGGUAUCGAUUCUAUUGGAAGUUCUUUUAUCAAGCGACCAGUCGAUUCUAUUGGCAGUAGUUUUAUCAAAAGAGGUAUCGAUUCUAUUGGAAGUUCCUUUAUUAAGCGACCAGUCGAUUCUAUUGGCAGUAGUUUUAUCAAAAGAGGUAUCGAUUCUAUUGGAAGUUCCUUUAUCAAGCGACCAGUCGAUUCUAUUGGCAGUAGUUUUAUCAAAAGAGGUAUCGAUUCUAUUGGAAGUUCCUUUAUCAAGCGACCAGUAGAUUCUAUUGGAAGUAGUUUUAUCAAAAGAGGUAUCGAUUCUAUUGGAAGUUCCUUUAUCAAGCGACCAGUAGAUUCUAUUGGAAGUAGUUUUAUCAAAUGA